GACAUUAUAACACCGGGGAUCCAAGUGAUCAUCAGAAGUGGCUAUGAGUUUCACAGUUCUUGGGCGCGUUGGAUCCGAGGCUGGACAUGCUCUGUUCCAUGUAGGAAGAUAUAAAGAAGCAGAGUGGUGUUUCCGCCCAGCCGUUGAGGAAUACGAGGAAAUAUACGGUAGAUACCAUGGCAAGACAUUGAAGAACACGUUCUGGCUUGGGCGCUCAGUAUAUUCCCAAGAGGACUUUCAACAGGCGAAAGAGAUAUUUGAAAAGACUUUCAAGGGGUACCAGCGGACAUUCGGCCGAGACCACGAGCUUAGCUCUCAAUCUCUUCGCUGGUUGGGGCACGCUCUCUACGAGCAGGGAAGAUAUAAAGAAGCGGAAGACAAGUUUCGAGAGACGGCUGCAUAUGGUGAUAAAUAUUCUGAUGUAGAUCCUGCCAAAGUAUUGAGCUUGCAUUGGCUCGGACGCUCGGUUUUCGAACAGGAUCGGAGAAGUAAAACCGCUGAAAAUUGUUUUCGAGAAGCAUACGAAGUAUGUAAAAGUUCUCUGGGCACCACAGAUAGGCGUACGAUGCUUAAUCUACACUGGCUUGGGAACUCGUUGCAUCAUCAAGAAAAUUAUAGCGAGGCGGAGAAGCUUUUCCGAAAAGUUUCGGAAAAGCGUGAGAAGAGGUUGGGCGCAACCGACAGGGCAACAAUUGCCAGCAAAGCAAUGCUUGGUGCGUCAUUAUGCGCGCUAGGAAGAUGUGAUGAGGCUGCAAUAAUUCUGCGACACGCCUCCCAGAUCAAUAAGCAAAGGCUCGGUGCUAUACACGAGGAAACGUUGUCUAGUGAGUUCUGGCUAGGUCAGGCACUGGUGCAACAAAGAAGAUACGCAGAAGCACUAGGACUUUUCCGUAAUGCGGCAGACAAAUUCGAAAGAAAAAAUGGCUUCCAUGAUCCAAGGGCGGAAGAGAGUCGUUAUUGGGAGAACGUCAUUGUGUUAAAGUUGGAGGCAAGGAGUGCCCCAGUGAAACCAUAUGUCAAAAAGAAAGUAGACCCAAUAAGCACGAAGCUUGAAACGUGGACAGCGCCAGUAGAACUGCCUCCUGGAAGAGAACGAACUGCUUGGAAGGAUCUGAAAACCGAUGUAAUAAGCGAUCCGCCCAACAUUUUGCUGUUGCAAGAUGUGACACGGGAAGACAUCGAUCAAACGACAGGAAAGAAUGACAUCUUACAGUUUAUCAAGGAGCAACACAGCAUAGCGUCCACGGGACCACGGAAUCCUCAGCUAUCUUCCAAGAAAUCCACAUCUUCCAUGCUGGAAUCUUUUGUGAGCCGGCUAGACGAGAUCUUUUCCAUUAAAGGUGGCAGCCCCCAGCUGUUUCAAGAGGCGGAAAUCAUGGAGGUCACAACGCUUUUGAAGCAACUGGCACCCACUCAAAGUCAUAUGCCCCGCACUUAUAUUGUUCUGCGUUCUCUAGGACAGUUGAAUUUAUUUGACGACCUAGUUAGUUCUGGGUUCUCCGAUUACUCUUUUCCAGUCAACGAAAAGGAUGUACCAAAAUGUGUCCCUCAAGACUCGCGAAAAAGUUUCCUCGACGCCCAGAAGCUGGUGUUGACAAAAGCGCUAGAUUUGGAAAAGGGCGAACGAGGAAGCCAUUGCUACUUCGUAGAUGAAGAUCCGAUUCCUCUCACAUCAAAGGGAAUAUUAGGGCAAGGCGCAUUCGGCCAGGUCGACAAAGUUGUCAGUCUAGUUACCUUCAAAACUUAUGCCAGAAAGAGGAUUCUAAGACGCUCUCUGUACGCGAGACAGAGGAAGAAAGACGUGGAAUUAUUCAUCAACGAGAUUGAGAUCAUGAAGAGCAAAAAGCACCAGCAUAUAGUCGAGUUCGUCGGCAGCUACACGGAUGCCAAAUACAUCGGUCUGUUGAUGACUCCAGCCGCUGAAAUGGACCUUGCGACAUAUCUGACGCGUAUCAACACCACUCAAUACCCCGAACUUCGAACGUUUUUUGGUUGUCUGAUUUGUGCACUCGAGUAUUUACACAGCCAUGGUGUGAGACACAAAGACAUCAAACCACGUAAUAUCCUCAUAAAUUGCGGGAACGUGAUGUUCGCGGAUUUUGGUUUAUCUCUCGAUUUCACGGACGCGACGGGAAGCACCACAGAAAGUGUUGUCCACGGUAUGACCCCUCGAUACUGCGCUCCAGAGGUAGCUUCGCACGAGCCUCGCAAUACCUCAUCCGACAUUUGGAGCUUGGGCGUCGUGUUCAUGGAGAUGAUCGUUGCACUGAAAGGACGGAACUUAGAGUAUAUGAAUAUGUUCUUCGAUCAGCAUGGUACCGGGGAGCCGUUCAUUCGUAUGAAUGCCAAAGCUUUGACGGAAUUCAUUACUGAACUUGGGAGCAUAGGUGAGACACUGGAUAACCGAGCAUUGAAGUGGACUCAAAGAAUGCUAGUAGUUGACAAGCGGUUGCGUCCGAGUGCCUCAUCUCUGCAUGAACUGAUUUUGGACUGCGACGGCGAAGAGGGAACUGUCCAUUUCUGUGGGAUAUGUUGCGCUUUCCUAAACGAUGAGUUCUCAGAUCUAGGUGCCUGUCAGGCAUAG